GCCAGGGAGGCAUUUCUGAAGCAGCAGGCGGAGGACACCCGGCUGCCGUGGGGAUCCCAGAAGCAGCCGCCAGCCCGGCCAACCCCUCUCCCCACCCCCAGAUCUUUAAAAGCGGGGAGGGGGGUGUUAAAGACAAGGAAGCAAAGGGAUCCGGAGCAAAGGGAGCGCAGCGUGUUACCUACUUCCAUCCCCGCCGCUCCAGCAGGAACAAGAUGUUUGUGAAUGUUAAUCUAUCUCAGCCUUAAAAAUAUUGGGAAAGAAAAAAUGGAUCCUUUAUAUUUUUCCAGUGCUUUUGGCAUGGAGGUCAGUGCCCAAGAUGUAAAUUCCUCCUCACUGAUGAACAUGACGAACAAUAGGACUAUGACAGGACUUCCUGUGUCCAAAGAUGUUCACACAGUUCUUAUCUCUAUCAUAUACUUCCUUGUAUGUGCAAUCGGACUCAGUGGGAACACCUUGGUCAUUUAUGUGGUUUUGCGUUAUGCCAAGAUGAAAACAGUCACCAACAUUUACAUCUUGAAUUUAGCCGUAGCCGAUGUACUCUUCAUGCUUGGCUUGCCAUUCCUGGCUACUCAGAACGCCAUCUCUUACUGGCCCUUUGGCUCCUUUUGGUGUCGGCUUGUUAUGACCGUAGACGGCAUUAAUCAAUUCACCAGUAUCUUUUGCUUGACUGUCAUGAGUAUGGAUCGCUACCUUGCAGUAGUUCAUCCCAUCAAGUCCACCAAAUGGCGGCGUCCAAGGGUGGCCAAACUGAUCAGUAUAACAGUCUGGACUUUCUCAUUCUUGGUGGUUCUUCCAGUCAUUAUAUUUUCAGAUGUUCAGGAACACCUUCACACCUGCAACAUGAACUGGCCAGAGCCAGUAAACAUAUGGUCAGCAGUCUUCAUCAUUUACACGUCGGUUUUAGGAUUUUUUGGACCCCUGCUGGUGAUCUGCCUCUGCUACCUGCUGAUCGUGAUUAAGGUCAAGUCUUCUGGGGUCCGAGUUGGGUCCACAAGGCGCAGGCGGUCAGAGAGGAAAGUGACCAGGAUGGUGGUCAUCAUUGUGGUCGUCUUUGUGUUUUGCUGGCUCCCGUUCUAUAUACUGAACAUUGUCAAUUUGAUAUCCACCUUGCCAGAAGAGCCUGGGUUACUUGGUGUUUACUUCUUUGUGGUGGUUCUGUCCUAUGCAAACAGCUGUGCCAACCCCAUACUUUAUGGAUUUCUCUCUGACAACUUCAAGCAGAGUUUUCAGAAAGUUUUAUGUCUCCGGAAGGGGAAUGGCGUUGAAGACGGAGAUCCAACCAAGCACAGGCAGGAGAACAGCAGCCGCUUGCAAGAAGCAAUGCUAACCCAGAGAAACAUGGAAUUCAAUGGACAUAUGCAAACAAGUAAGGUGUGAGGUCCUGACUUGAAAAACUGUAAAUAAACUGCAGAGCUGAAAAACUGGUGGGGUGUGUGUGUGCAAAUCAGAGAUGAAACUGAAAUCCUGAGACCCACAAGCUCAAACAAAUGUACAUAGAUUCCCUCUCCCCAUGAAUUAGGGAUUAUAUUGAAUUCUGUGGAAUGCCUAAGGCAUGUAGCUAAAGCAAUCGGACAUGUUAUCACUUUCUCUUUCUAUAUGCAGGGGACAGAUUUAGUGGUACAUUCUGGCUGUUGGCUGCCAUUCUGAUGAUGCAAAGCAGCUGAGAGUCUGUUUUAACCAUCCUAUUUGUUUUGCAUUGCUGGAUCAGCAAAAAGCAGAGAGUGUAUUGGUUCAUUUGACCCAAAGUAUUCUCAAAAGUUUGUUAAGUGAGUGUUUUAUAUUAAAAAAGGAAAAAGCACUAUUUCUUAAGUGGCAGUUUUCAAAGUAACAGAGCUCACAGCACUAAUUUACUGAUCUUGGAAGUAUGCAUAUGCCAUAGUUUUGAAAUGCUGCUUAACCAUUUGCAUUGUUUUACUGUAAUUAUCCCACAUAAGAGACUCCAAAUGCCCAGAAGUGUUUCAAGUCAAUUGAACCUCCCCCCCACAAAUAAAAAUACCUUGAAAAAGAAUUAUUAAAUGAAUGCGAAAUGGAAAAUUCAUUCAUAGUGCGUAUGACAUUCUAAUCCAAGCUGCUUAUGAAAUGUAACGCCGUCACUUUAUUACUAUGUAAAUGACAGUGAUUGUGAAGUCCUGAAAAGCUGUUCUGUGUCUAUUUAUUGGUUCUGAAUGUAAGUAUG